AUGACUGGGAAGAAAGGGUGCCCAUUUUCACAUAAACCUAGGAAACGGGCCAUUUCCCGUUCCACAAGAGCCCAGCUUCAGUUUCCGGUGAGCCGUGUGGAUCGUCUACUUCGAGAGAGUCAAAAUGUGAACCGCCUAAGUUCAUCCACACCUGUUUUUCUUGCUGGUGUCCUUGAGUACCUGACAGCCAACCUCCUAGAGCUGGCGGGCCAAGAGGCCGAAAAGGAUAGUCGAUCACGCAUCACCCCAGAACACUUGUGUGCUGCCGUGAAGAAGAGUCUGAGGGUUGGCCUGGAAGAUGGUACCCAGGAUCAGGCUGAGAUGCCCCAACCAUCAGCAGGCCCCAGGAGAAUCACAAGCAACAGGCCCCACAACCGCCGAAAUCAAGAAGUCAGCUGCUGUUGUCCGAGGUGCCAUCACGAGAAGAACUGA